AUGUUAAUUCUUAAAAAUGUGGAACAUACCAUUUUUUUAAAAAUUUUUAAAAGAUCAUUUUCUAGAAAUGUAAAUAAUAACAAAUUCGUCAUAAAACCUUCAUCCGUAAGGAUAAGAAGUGAUAAAAAUAAUUUUAAUGAUAUAAUAAAUAAAUAUUUUCCUAAUCGAAUACUAAAAAAAAGAAAGCAGCAAGAUGACUACAACAAAGUGGAUAACAUGAAUGAAGAAAAAAAUAAAAAAUAUUAUCUUUCAUCAAAAAUUGAAAGGAGAUUAAAAAUGGAAAAGGCUAAUGAUCAAAGUAAUAUUUCAAUUUGCAGUGCUAUCACUAGCGAUAAAAAUAAAAACAAUUAUUUUUUAGAUAGUAACAAUAAUAUAAAUAAUAGUGAUAUUAUAAAUAAUAGUGAUAUUAUAAAUAAUAGUGAUAUUAUAAAUAAUAGUGAUAUUAUAAAUAAUAGUGAUAUUAUAAAUAAUAGUGAUAUUAUAAAUAAUAGUGAUAUUAUAAAUAACAGUGAUAAUAUAAAUAAUAGUGAUAUUAUAAAUAAUAGUGAUAUUAUAAAUAAUAGUGAUAUUAUAAAUAAUAGUGAUAUUAUAAAAAAUAAUUUGUUUGGACGUGGUAUGACAAGUAACAAUGUACCUAUCGAAUUAAACCAAAAUAAUGUAAUAAAAAAUAAUAAGAAGAACACACUCGAAAUAACAAAGGAAGAACAUGAUAUUCAGAAAUAUAAAAAUAAAUUACAUAAGAAAAUAUGGAUUUUAUUAAAAAGAAAAAGUAAUGAAAAAGAAUUUGAACAUUAUUAUAAUAUGUUAGAAAAGUAUCCUUUAAAAGAUGAAGUAUCUUAUUCAAUAUUAUUACAUGGAAAACUUUUAAUAUCAAAAAAAAAAAAGGAUAAUAAGGAGGAUUAUCAUGAUAUUAUAAAAGAGUGCUUUAAAAUAAUUAACGAAAUGAAAGUUAAAAAAAUACAUGCUUCUUUAAUUAGAUUCAAUGAGAAAUUAUUACUCUCUUAUUAUGAAUUAAUAAAAUUAAAUGUGCGCCCUACAUAUAAACAGUGGAUGAAAAUUUUAAGAACAGUGUGGUUUGUAUCUGCCUUAGUUAAAGCUAGAAGACAGAAAUUUAUUUUAAGAAAAAUGAAAAAAAUCAAAAAUAAAAAUUCGGUUUCCUUGGAUAAUUUUAAUGAAACUUUUAAUAUACAUAACUUGGAAUCUCUUUAUGUCGAAAAUAGGGACCCCUUGAUAGCUAAUAAUGUCCAGCAAGGAAUUUAA